GUCAAAGCACUAAACAUUAAAAAAUUUAUUAAAAAAUCAUUAGUCCUUGGAAAGUGGAAGAUUUCCACAGAAGAGGACGUCUUGAGAUUGGAAUGAUCCUUACCUCACUUGCUCUCUAACCCAAUACAUACACAUUUUACAGCAAAAAAUAUUUCAUCUCCAUCUUCAUCUUCAUCUUCAUCUUCAUCAACCAUCACCAAUAUCGUCAUCAGCUAAAAAAUCCCAGGAAGACAGUGUGCAUCUUGCAGUUUGUGGUUUGGGCUAAUUUGCUUGAAUGGGUCUAAGGAGGUCAGGAUGAUGGUGAUGUAUGGGUAGUAGAGUGGGUGUGGAAGAUGAUAAGGAAGCCAACGGGAUGCCGAGCUUUGAUUCUCAAUUACCCAUUUCAACUACACCUGGCAUAGAGGGAAGCACAGGCCACGCAUUUCGUGUCUCUGAUUUUGGGGCGUUUGAGCAAUCUGUUGCGUUUCGCUUAGAGGAUGCUGUUAACCUGAGUACAAGUACAGUGUUCAAUUCAGCAAAAGCAAGCAACCAAGCAGUAUCUUCUGAUCCCCUCCGUAUUGGUACUUUUGACAAGUCGACUGCAUCCUUUAAUAUCAAUCGAUCUGCUGCCCAAGUGGAGUUGCAGAGAUUGCCAUUGGAAAAGAACCAACAGUUGAACCUGGUACCCAUAUCUACUGGUAAUACAGAGAACUGGGGAGACUCCAAUAUGGCUGAUGGCAGCCCAAGGACUGAUAUAUCAACGGAUGACACAGAUGAUAAAAAUCAGGGGUUGAGCUGUGAUAUUUUCCAUUCAAACAACAACAACAACAAAUAUUUUGAUAGAGGUCAGUCUGCUAUUGGAGCUUCAGAUUCCAGUGACAGAUCAAAGGAUAAAUUGGAUCAGAAGACUCUUCGUAGACUUGCCCAAAAUAGAGAAGCUGCAAGAAAAAGCCGAUUAAGGAAGAAAGCCUAUGUCCAGCAACUGGAGAGUAGCCGUUUGAAGCUGACCCAACUGGAACAGGAGCUCCAACGAGCACGCCAGCAGGGAAUCUUUAUAUCAAGCUCAAGCGACCAAGCCCAUUCAAUGAGUGGAAACGGGGCCAUGGCGUUUGAUGUGGAAUAUGCACGGUGGCUGGAAGAGCAAAAUCGACAAAUUAAUGAACUGAGAUCAGCCGUCAAUUCCCAUGCUGGCGAUGCUGAACUUCGCAUUAUCAUAGAUGGUAUAAUGGCUCAUUAUGAUGAAAUUUUUAGGCUAAAGAGCAAUGCAGCUAAGGCUGAUGUUUUCCAUUUGCUAUCUGGCAUGUGGAAGACACCUGCUGAGAGGUGUUUCUUGUGGCUUGGUGGCUUCCGUUCAUCAGAGCUCCUCAAGCUCCUCGUGAACCAACUGGAACCUUUGACCGAGCAGCAGUUGGUAGGCAUAAGUAAUCUGCAGCAAUCUUCCCAACAGGCUGAAGAUGCGUUAUCUCAAGGGAUGGAGGCGCUGCAGCAGUCCCUGGCUGAGACAUUGUCUAGUGGGUCUCUUGGUUCAUCUAGUUCAUCUGGAAAUGUGGCAAAUUACAUGGGUCAGAUGGCCAUGGCCAUGGGCAAGCUAGGGACCCUUGAGGGGUUCAUUCGCCAGGCCGACAAUUUGCGGCAGCAAACACUACAACAGAUGCACCGAAUAUUAACAACCCGCCAGUCAGCUCGUGCACUUCUUGCCAUCCAUGACUACUUUUCCAGAUUACGUGCUCUUAGUUCUCUUUGGCUUGCCAGACCAAGAGAAUGAACUUCACAGUGGAGUUAUGUAUUUGCAGGAAAAUCUGAGGCAUAUCCCAGAUCCAGCAACCUAGUGUUUUUAUAUUCCUCCUUUCUCAUCAUGUAGUUUCAGAUGUGUAUCAUGGAGCUAAUCUCAGAGUCAGAAUUUUAGAACUCCAGGAACCUAGAUAACAAUGUUAUAUUAUUCAUAUCCUCAUCUUUUCAUUGUACUGGGAAUUUGGAAAUUUGUUGGCCUUGUAAUGUGACAAUUUUUUAAAUGAAUUCGAAAGUUGGGACACAAGACCAAAAUGCAUUGGUCAUUGUUUA